UUUAGGACAAAACAAUAUGACUACUGACAUCACAACUGCAACUCCUCUUAGCAUCCCUACCUCCACCUUCACCACCACCACCACCACAAACACCAACAUCAAAGCCCUAAUCAUCGUAUUCCUUGUCACCAUUAUUGGUGUUUUGAAACUCAAACAAAGGGCGUCAUUCAGAAAGGUUCGCAAGGGCCCUUCACUCCCUCCAGGACCAACUCCAUGGCCUAUUCUAGGGAACAUCCCCGAAAUGCUCUGUUUCAAGCCCACAUUCCGAUGGAUACACCAAAUGAUGAAGGACAUGAACACCGACAUCGCUUGCAUUCGUCUUGGAAACACCAAUAUCAUACCUGUAACUUGUCCAGAAAUCGCCCGAGAAAUGCUUAAGAAACAGGACGCAAACUUCGCCGAUCGGCCGCUUUCGGUCUCGGCACAUGCAGUAAGUGGUGGAUACAUGACGGCAGUCACUGUGCCUUUAACUGAACAAUGGAAGAAAAUGAGGAAAAUCUUGGUGUCCGAGAUUGUUUCUCAUGCAAGGCACAAGUGGCUUCAUGACAAAAGAGCUGAAGAGAGUGACAAUCUUGUGUUCUAUGUCCAUAACCAAUACAAGAACAACAAAGUUGUUAACAUAAGAACUGCAACACAGCAUUACUGUGGUAAUGUGGUAAGGAAGAUUUUGUUUAGUAGGAGAUAUUUUGGGGAGCCAAUGAAGGAUGGAGGACCUGGCCCUGACGAGAUUAAGCAUGUUGAGGCAGUUUUCACAGCACUUAAAUAUGUCUACUCAUUUUGUGUGUCUGAUUACUUGCCUUUUCUGCGAGGGUUGAAUCUUGAUGGACAAGAACAAAUAGCGAAGGAUGCUAAUAAGACAGUUAGGGAUUAUCAAAAUCCUAUAGUCGAUGAGAGAUAUGAAGAAUGGAGGACUGGUCAACGGAAGGAGAUGGAGGACCUUCUUGAUGUUUUCAUCACUCUCAAAAAUAGUGAUGGCAAACCCUUGCUCACUCCAGAUGAGGUCAAGAAUCAAGCCGCUGAGAUUAUGCUAGCAGCGGUUGAUAAUCCAUCAAACGUUGUUGAAUGGGUGAUGGCAGAGCUGAUGAACCAACCUGAACUGCUUAAAAGAGCAAUCGAAGAAAUAGAUAGGGUGGUCGGAAAAGACAGGCUCGUGCAAGAAUCCGACAUAGCAAACCUCAACUACGUCAAGGCAUGUGCAAGGGAGUCGUUUAGGCUCCACCCAAUUGCACCAUUCAACCUGCCACACGUGGCAAUCCAAGACACGGUUGUCGCUGGUUACUUCAUCCCAAAAGGAAGCCACACAAUAUUGAGUCGAUAUGGGCUAGGCCGGAACCCAAAAAUCUGGGAGGAUCCACUGAAAUACGACCCUGAACGACACUUGAAGGGACAAGAUGUAAUGCUGACGGAGCAUGAUUUGAGGUUUGUCUCGUUUAGUACUGGAAGGCGCGGUUGCAUUGCAGCUCUUCUUGGAACUUGUAUGACUACUAUGCUCUUAGCGAGACUUCUUCAGUGCUUUGAUUGGACACUACCAGAUGGUGCUAGUGGGUUUGAUCUUAGCGAGGCUGAGAACGAGCUUCUCUUGGCCAAUCCACUCAUUGCUUCUGCUAAGCCUCGUUUGGCUCCGCAUCUAUACCCUACAUCCAACUAAUAAUCAUUUCCAAAGUUGAUAUAUGUAUAUGUGUGGUUGCGAGCU